GUCUGGAGCCGGCUGCCUGGCUUUCCACGCGGGUUUGGGAGAGAGAGGAGAGCGGCCGCCAUGGAGGAGGGAAGGGCCGCCGGGCGGGAGGAGGCCGGAGACCCCAGGAAGGUGAGGGGGGAGCGGGAUUCCCCCAGGGGGCGGGACAGAUGCCCCUUGGGGGGCCCUGGCCAUUCUGGAGCCUGGAUUCCUGCCUUGCUCUCUCCCCUUCAUUCGCCAUGAAGUUUCCUAAUACCAGUUAUACCAUAUGGCUUAGACCAUUUGCUAAACUUCUCUGAUUAUCCCUGCUGUGUUUUAUUUAAUGGAAAUUGAGACUGGUUUCCUAGGUGAAGCUUUUUCCACAUUCUAAACAGUCCCUUGCAGGAAAUAUUUCAUGGAAAAUUAGAUUCACCAACUGAAUGAAGCUCUUUCUACAUUCCAAGCACUGAUCUGGUUUCUGACCUGCAUGAAGCUUUUUCCAAACACUCCCCUGUAUGAAGUAUCUCAUGGGAAUUGUGGGUGGAGCUGCGAAGGAAGCUUUUUCCACAUUUCAAGCACUAAUUUCUUCCCCCCGUUAGUUCUUUCAUGUGAAGUGAGGCUCUCCUUCUGAACGAAGAGCUUUCCUUGAUGGGAAGUGGGCUGGGAGCUCCGACUAAAGUUCUCUCCACACUCUGAAUAUUUAUAUGGUUUCUCCAUUGUGAGGAUUUUUCUUGUUGUCUCCCUUCUUCCUUUCCAAUUCACCACCUACAAUCUGCUGUUAUUUGGCAGUAUUCUCAUUUAUAAUAAUAAUAAUAACAAUAAUCCUAGCCCGAGGAAGAAAUUGAGGCUGAAAUGAUUGAACAAUGCAAAUGACUGCUUGUGAAAGAGGAAGAAGGGAAGGGAGUUACUGCCUUUUUUGGCUGGUAUUAACUAACUUAUUUAUGGGACCCGGAAAUUCGAAAAGCCUGGCUCGUUCCAGGGAUGGAUUUAAUUUGGCUCAGUUGUGGAAUCCGCUCCAUCUCCAAGCUCAGUCAUUUCUUUGCUCAACCAAAAACAGACAGAUGGAGAAAGGGAAACAGAAAAUUAGACAGGAUGUACCUCCACGUCCCUGAGAUCUCUGAAGCCUACAUUGAAGAAGGGCUACAGAGGGGGGUCGACUGGAUGGCCUUUGGGGUUCCCUUCCAGUUCUGGGAUCGUUUGGUGCUUUAGCAGGUCAUUCCUGCUAAAGUUGAGGGACAGAAAGUGGUUGAGAGACAGAAAGUUGACAUCUUUAAAGAAAUCCCAUCUAAAUUGAGAGUCAAGAGAAGGGCAGAAAUGACAGAUAGGUUAAGGGGAAAAGACAAGAGCGACUUUGAAAAAGAAUAGGGACCAUUUAUAUCAUAUUUGCAGAAACAGAGAAAGUCAAUAGACUUGAUGGCAGGAUUUAAACAAACAUUCACAUUAUUAGCAUUAGAAAACGUUUAGAAGCUAGUGAAAUAUUACGGUGUAUUUCCUUUUAUUUUUAUGUUUUUAGGCUUGAUGUUAUGUUGUUAAUAACUUUAUCUGUUAGGCGUUACCAAAGUGGGUGAAAAGAGAAACAAACCAGAAGCAGAAGUUGGAGGAAGCCCUGGAGGGGAGGGAGGGAGGAAUAUACAGUGGUGCCUCGCAAGACGAAAUUAAUCCGUUCAGCGAGAGUCUUCGUCUAGCGGUUUUUUCGUCUUGCGAAGCAAGCCCAUUGACGGAUUAGCGCUAUUAGCGCUAUUAGCGGUUUAGCGGCUAUUAAAGGCUUAAAGGCUUAGGGGAUUAGCUGCUAAAGGCUAUUAAAGGCUAUUAAAGGCUUAGCAGAUUAGAUAAAGGGGGGGGAAAGCGAAAAAAAAAUCUCAAGACUCGCAAGGUAUUUUCGUCUUGCGAAGCAAGCCCAUAGGGGAAUUCGUCCUGUGAAGCAACUUCAAAACGGAAAACCCUUUCGUCUAGCGGUUUUUCCGUCUUGCGAGGCAUUCGUCUUGCGGGGCACCACUGUAUAGUGAAUGUUAAGAAACUGAAAUGUAUGUAAUGAAUGAAAAAGAAAAAUGAAUAUUUUUUUUAAAAAGAGGUGGGGCUGGAUGGCCUUUGGGGAGCCCCUUCUGGCCCUUCCCUUCUGUGUCUCCAGGACUGGGACCUGGGUGCUUUUCUCUGCUCCAGGCCCUCUUCAAAUCGCCCCCCAUCUAUUGAUUUUGGCUGUCCCCCCCCCCAAAGAAGGCAUUCAUUUGGAGCCCAUCCUCUCCUCCGCCUCACGAAACGGAUUCUGGGACACAUAGUUUAUCCUCUCUAGCCAGUUUGUCCUAUGUCCUUUUAAGUGUGUGUGUGUGUGUGUGUGUGUGUUUUGGAAGCGGGGGGUGGGGGAGUGUUUAUUGUUUUGCUUUCUUCAUGUCCUUCAUAUAUGCAUUUUGCGCCUUUUGUCUCGUAUUUCUAUGCUCUGAGCAGCCCCGCGGUCUUCGGAUGAAGGGCAGUAUGCAGAUUUAAUGCAUGAACAACAAUUCUGCAGUUCCCAGCACCCUAAAACUAGAGUUCCCAGGGGUCUGGUGGGGGGGUGAGCAUGUGCUUUAUUUUUAAAUCUUUUUUAUUGAUUUUCCAAUAAAAAACUUCCAAUUAAUAUAAUCAAUCGUAAUACUCCAAUUAAAAUAAAAAAAACUAAAAUAAAAAAAUCCAAAUUAUAGUUCAAAUUAUAAUUAUUAAUUUUUCGGAGCUCCCCACGGUCUGGAUCUCUGAAGCAUAUCUCCACAUCUCAGUCCUGACUCUCCUUGUCGUUUCCAUAUUUUCCACCUCUCGAUUUUGACGCUUUAUAUUUCUCCGUCCCUGAGUCCACGAUUCUGAAUCAUGUCAAACACCAUGUACUUUCAUCCGUCGAAUACAGCUUUGGUAAUAUAGAUUUUUCCAACUGGCGUGUGCUUUCAAUGCAUUUAGAAUUCAUUUGCAAUGUUAUCGGUUCCGUCAGGCUAGCUCUGCGGUUUUACUUGGCCUUUUGCUAGUUUCCUUGAUUGUCUGACCCCAGAUAAUCCCUCUUUCUCUCCGCCGCCCCAAAGAAAAAGAAGGUCGUCAGGAGAUACUGGGAGGGCGAAGCCCCACAAGCCGACCCAGAAGAGAGUGGCGCUCGGGGUGCCAAGAAGGCGCGGCAGGAUGAGGCCUCCCCAAGGAAGCUGAUGGGUCCUGGCAGGAAGAAGACCAUAUCAGGGGUACGGUCCUCCUUUUUCUUUGCAUUUCCAACAUUUAUUAUUUGUCUUAUUCCUUUUUCGCUAAUUUCACAGGUGUAAUAUAUGAAACAUUGCAAAGUAGAGAAAGAACAGAGAUAUUAGUUGUGAGAUUUAAAUGCAAUAGUGAAAGUAAGAAAUGUAAAUUAAGUGAAUAGAUUGGAAAAUUUUUCGUAUGUGAUUGAGGGAAGUAAAAAAAAAUUGUACAAGAUAUAAAAGUAUGUUUAAUUACUGUUGAAAACGAUAUGUUAACACACACACAUAUAUAGAAUAUCAGGUGUAUGUUCCUUCUUUUUCUUUACAUUUCCAACAUUUAUUUUUUGUCUUAUACAUUUGGGCUAAUUUCACAGGUGUAAUAUACGAAACAUUGCAAAGCAGAGAAAGAAUAGAGAUAUUGCUUGUGAGAUUUAAAUACAAUAGUGAAAGUAAGAAAUGUAAAUUAAGUGAACAGAUUGGAAAAUUUUCAGUUAAUUUUUUAAUUUUUAUUGGAAAUUUUAUUUACAACAUAACAUAACGCCCCCCCCAGUACAGAAAUACAAUGAGCAUAACAUACAACAGUAGAAACAACCAAACAAAAGACUUCCUUUGUCCUGCAUCUGGCCUCCUUAUUUACUUCUUAUAAGCUGUUUCCUUUAUGAAUAAUUAUUAAGAUUUUUCUCAUUAUAACUUAAAUAUCCACAAAGUCUCCUGCAGACAUUAAUCGAAACAAGUCCAGGUAUGUAUUUUAGGGCACUGUUUUGUGAAGUAUUCUCUGCGUUCCCCCCCAUACUUUUUGAAAAUCUUGUCUAGUGUGAUCUCUAAUUUGAAAAUUGAUGGAAAUAAAAAACAACAACUGUGUAACAACUGUAUAUAUAAAAGUAUGUUUAAUUAUUGUUGAAGAUGAUAUGUUAAAAAAAUAAUAUAAUUUUAUUAGUUUUUUAACAUAUCAUUUCCAACAAUAUAUCAUUUUCAUAUAUCAUUUUCAACAGUAUGAUAUAUGAGAAUAUCAGGGGUACGAAGGGAAGUAGGUCUGCAUUGCAGUAGGGGGGGCUAGAUGGCCUUUGGUGGGUCCCUUCGAAUUCCGGAAGUCUGGGGAAGGGGCUGAAUCUUUUUUGGGGGAAGAUACAACAUGCCCCCUAUUCCACGUCCGCCUGGUUCGCUCUUUGGCGUUCGUUGCAAUCCCUGCCUUGCAGGGGGUUGGACUAGAUGGCCCCUGGGGGGCCCCUUCUGACGCUGCGAUUCUGUGAUUUCUUCCAGAAGGUGGACCCGUUUCCUGGCCCGGCCUCCGUCAGCCGUGAGCGAGUGCGCAGGUUCCAGCGAGGAGCCGGGGGCCAAAUGGUGAGGCGCCUUGGCCUUCCGGGGGGGCGGAGACGUUCUCCCUAGGCGUGUGGGGGGAGCUGCGGGCACCAUCAUCUUUGACCCCCCCCCCUUUUCCCAUGUCCCACAGGGGACGGUGUCCAACAAACGCCUUAAGCGCCAGCUGGCCAGGCAGGAGGAGAAGGCCCAGGCAGCAGCCAAGCAGGCGGCCCGGAUGGAGAUGCUUCUCCUGGAGGAUGCUGGGUAAUGUAGUUUCUGCACCUGCCUUUAAGAGGCUGUUGGGCGGUGGGUGAGCCUUGGUUCCGUAGCUGUCAACUUUCCCCUCCUCUUGCGAGGAAUCCUAUUCGGAAUAAGGGAAUUUCCCUUAAAAAAAGGGAAACGUUGACGGCUAUGUUUGGUUCAGUGCAGGCAAAUGGUGCCAAGAAAUCUUCAUUUACUUAAAAAAAAAAUUCCUUUAAAAAAACAAGAUUUCCUUUAUCGUUUUCAGUUCUACAACAUUUAUAUAAAUUACAGAAUUUAAAACAUAUUUUAAACAUAUCCUACUUCCCUUCCCACCCCCCUUCCAAGGCUCGUUUCAUUUUCCUUUUUUGCUUCUUAUUCUAAUUAAUCCUUAUUUUUUUCUCUUUCCUAAUUUUCCCUUCUGGGUAUACAUAAACUGCAUAUUCCACAAUUUCCCCCCAUUCCUUUUUUUAAAAAAGUUUUUCCUUCCUGAUCUCUUAUCCUUCCAGUUAAACUAGUCAUUUCUACACAUUCCAUCAGUUUCUUUGUUGGUACCGCAUCUUCCUUCUGUUUCUGAUCACAAAUUGUCCGAGCUGCAGUUGUUGUGUGCAGGGAUAAGAUUUUCUGAUCUUUGGCUACCUCUGGACCGGUUACUCCUAAAAGAAAAGCUUCUGGGUUUUGUUUUUAUUAAAAUUAGAAGAUUUAUUCAAUAUUUUUUUCAGUUAAUUAUAAAUCAUUUCCCUGAAGGCUUUGGCUACAUUACACUUCCACCACAUAUGAUGAAAGAUACCCAUUUCCAACAUGUAUCUGAUUCUGACUUGUACAUCUUUGCUGGUUUGUUAGACAUUAAAUGCCACCUAUACAUCUUUUUCAUAAAGUAUUAGUAGUUAUUAUUAUUAUUAUUAUUAUUAUUAUUAUUAUUAAUGUAUACCAUGCCCAUCUGGCUGGGUUUCCCCAGCCACUCUGGGCGGCUUCCAACAGGAUAUUAAAAACACAAUACGGUAAAACAUUAAAAACUUCCCUAAAUAGGGCUGCCUUCAGAUGUCUUCUAAACGUCAGAUAGUUGUUUAUUUCCUUGACAUCUGAAGGGAGGGCAUUCCACAGGGCGGGAGCCACCACUGAAAAGGCCCUCUGCCGAGUUCCCUGUAACUUUGCUUUUGGCAGGGAGGGAACUGCCAGAAGGCCCUCGGAGCUGGACCUCAGUGGGCUGAGGAAGGUGGGGAAAAGCUCCAGAGCCUUCUGGGGGCAGAAGAGAAAGGAAGGACCCCCCUUCUCCCUCUCUCCCCUCGGAGUGAGUAUAAAGGAAAAUAACAAAUGUAGGCCUCUGUGCAGAAUAAACAUACUGAUAAUAAUAUAAUAAUAUAUUAUUUAUACCCCGCCCAUCCGGCUGGGUUUCCCCAGCCACUCUGGGCGGCUUCCAACAAAAUAUUAAAAUACAAAGAUUCACCAAAUAUUAAAAGCUUCCCUAAACAGGGCUGCCUUCAGAUGUCUUCUAAAAGUCAGAUAGUUGUUUAUUUCCUUCACAUCUGAAGGGAGGGUGUUCCACAGGAUGGCCGCCACUACCGAGAAGGCCCUCUGCCUGGUUCCCUGUAACCUCACUUCUCGCAGGGAGGGAACCGCCAGUAGGCCCUCGGCGCUGGACCUCAGUGUCCGGGCUGAACGAUGGGGUGGAGACGCUCCUUCAGGUUUACAGGACUGAGGCCGUUUAGGGCUUUCAAGGUCAGCACCAACACCUUGACAAUAGUUCUAUCUCUCCCCCCCCUUUUUUUGAGAAGAUUGAAAAAAUGUUUAUUGCUUAUAUGGAGGGAAAUUGUGUACACUUGAAAAUGUUGGCAGCAUAAAGAUAAAUUCAACAGUGUAAGUAAGUUUUGAUGGAUGUAAUAAUGGAAUACUGAAUGGCUUAGUUUUUGUAAAAUAUGCAGGGAUUUAUGAAAAGCAAAAUGAACCAUGGAAAGAGAAGAAGGGAAGUCAUUGGUAUUUUAAGGAUGUUUAAAUAGGCAUUCUAAAUUGUAAAACGGAAAAUUUAAUUAAUAAUAAUAGUGAUGCACUGAUGUGGAAAUCUGUGGGGCUGAACUUAAGGCUUUGAAAAACGAGAAAUGCAGUAAAACUGAAAUGGCUAGAUUCACCCACCCCCUUUCCUUUUUUAAAAAAUAUUUUUUAUUAGGCAUUUCAACAAUUAACAAUUUAUCAAAAACACACCAUCCUCCUUCCCCCCCUCCAAAUAUAGUUCUCUUUUAGUUUAUAACAUGCCGCAAGUUUUAAAUCCUUCUUCCACGGUCUCUCCCAUGCACGCGUUUCAAUAUCUGUUGCCCAAUUAACUUCCAUUUCCUGAGGGGUCCGGCGUCAUUGCUGCCUCUGACCAUAGUAGGCUGUUGCCUCCGGGGUGCAACUCUGCCUCACUUUCUCCCUCUGCCCCGCCAGGUUCCUGGAAGGAGAUGAGGGGGAGGACACAUGCACCAUCGCCCAGGCCGACAUCGCAGAGGCCGUGGACCUGGCCGCCGGCGCAAAGGUAGGCGGGGAGGGGACAGUGCGGGGGUCUUGAGGAAGGGGGGGCAAUGUGGGGACCCCCUCCCAGGGCCUGACCCCGGCCUGCUUUCCUCUCACCAGCAUUUUGAGCUGCGGCUGAACCAGUUUGGCCCGUACCGGGUGGACUACACGCGCAACGGCCGGUGAGUGAGCAAGAGGUGUUUGGCGUUGGAACGGUCUCCCUCGGGAGCUGGUGGGCUCUCCUUCCUUCUAUGAUUUAGCUGAGAUUCCUGCCUUGAGGAAUCCUCCUCUUCCUCCUUCGCAGGCAUCUCCUCCUGGGGGGCCGAAGGGGCCACGUGGCGGCCCUCGACUGGCACACAAAGGCCUUGAUGUGCGAGAUCAACGUCAUGGAGUCCGUCGCAGACGUGGCGUGAGUUGCAAAAACGUGUGGGGGGUGCCGUGUUGAGUUUUUUGGGGGGGAGGCAAGCAGAAAUUGCACAUCUGUUAUCAAUUAAUCAGUUGGGAUGCAGGUGGCGCUGUGGGUUAAAUCACAGAGCCUAGGGCUUGCCGAUCAGAAGGUCAGCGGUUCGAAUCCCCGCGACGGGGUGAGCUCCCCUUGCUCAGUCCCAGCUCCUGCCAACCUAGCAGUUUGAAAGCACGUCAAAGUGCAAGUAGAUAAAUAGGUACUGCUCUGGCGGGAAGGUAAACGGCGUUUCCAUGCGCUGUUCUGGUUCGCCAGAAGUGGUUUAGUCAUGCUGGCCACAUGACCCGGAAGUUGUACGCCGGCUCCCUCGGCCAGUAAAGCGAGAUGAGCGCUGCAACCCCAGAGUCGGCCAUGACUGGACCUAAUGGUCAGGGGUCCCUUUACCUUUAUCUUUAUCAAUUAAUUAGAUUUGUAUACCGCCCUUUAUCCGUGGAUCUCAGAGCAGUUCCUUUUCUGUCUUCCCACCCCAUUCCUCUCGUCUCGCCUCCCAAGCCACUUCCUCCACGGUUCAAACGUUCUGCCGUUGGCAAGUACCAGCGACAGCCUUGCCAGGUAUUCCUGGCACUCCCGUCUCUACAUUGCAGGUGCAGGGCAUGGGUUUCCCAUCUUCCCGGUGAGGUUGUCGCUGCCUCCCCCCAGCUCAGAGAUGAAAUUUCAAGAGAGUCGUACCUUGGAACUCAAACGCCCUGACUCCCAAACAAAUCGGCUCCCGAACGAUUGAAACCCGGAAGAGAGUGUUCUGGUUUUCGAAUGUUCUUUAGGAACCCAAACGUCCGAUGCGGCUUCCGAUUGGCUGCAGCAGCUUCCUGCAGCCAAUCAGAAACCGCCCCUUGGUUUCCAAACGUUUUGCAAGUCGGACGGACUUCUGGAACGGAUUCUGUUCGACUUCCAAGGUAUGACUGUGAAUGUAUAGUCUGCUUAGGGAAGCUGCCCCUCGCAUGAAAUUUCUUUAUUAUUAUCAUUAUUACAGUUGUACCUCAUGUUAUGUUUGCUUCAGGUUGCGCGUUUUCAGGUGGCGUCCCGCGGCGACCCGGAAGUACCAGAAAGGGUUACUUCCGGGUUUUGCCGCAUGUGCAGAAUGACGUCACGGGCAAGUGCAGAAGCUGCGAAUCGCGACCCGCGCAUGCACUGACGUGUGUUGUGUUCUUUUCAGGUUGUGAGCGGGCCUCCGGAACGGAUCCCGUUCGCAACCUGAGGUACCACUGUAUUGUGGUUCAUUACAUUUGCAUUCUGCCCUUCAUCCAAAGAUUGCAGGGCGGUUCACAACUUAAUUCGGGGCAGCCUUACCGCUUCUCACUGGCUCAUAGCUCCUGCCCGUAACCGGGCUGCCUUUGCACCUGCCCCUGGUUCUUUCCGCUUCUGAGCUGCGACGCCUCCGUUGCUGGGGGUUGGGCUAGAUGACCCCAGGGUGCCCCUCCCGACUCAGCCCUUCUGACGCCGCCUUUCUCCCCAGGUGGCUCCACACGGAGACCAUGUUUGCCGUGGCCCAGCGGAAGUGGCUCUACGUCUACGACAACCAGGGAGUGGAGCUCAACUGCCUCAAGCGCUUCCACGGGGUCCAGCGGAUGCAAUUCCUGCCCUACCACUUCCUCUUGGCCACAGCGGUGAGGAAGGCCCACUGGGGCUGCCCGAUUGGGGGGGCGGUUAUCUUUCUCUCCUGAACCCCAACAAUCCCAUCUCUCUGUUCAGCAGAGGUUAGGGGUGGGGACCAACUGCCAGGGACGCUUUCCCUGCGAUUCCUGCCUUGGAGGGCGGGUUGGGCUAGAUGACCCUUGGGUCUCCCUUCUCCCUGUACAAAGCUGUUAUUCUAUGCAUCUGUACAGGGUCUUACAACCUGUGGAUUCCCCUUUCCCUCCUUUUGAGAGAACAGUCGUACCUUGGAAGUCGAACGGAAUCGGUUCCGGAAGUCCAUUUGACUUGCAAAGCGCGGCUUCUGCUUGGCUGCAGGAGCCAAUCGGAAGCCGCAGAAGCCACACCGGACGUUCGGCUUCUGAAAAUGGUUCAAAAACUGGAAAAUCUUCCCCCUAUUCUUCCUAAUGUCUCAACAAAUGAAACCAAUUUGUAAAAAAAAAGUGUUACGUAGAAAAAAAUACGAGAGAGAGACAUUGCACAUACCUUUGUAAAUCAAGAAAAUCUUUAAUAAAAAUACAUUAAAAAAAACUUUUAAAAAAACUGGAACAAUCACUUCCGGGUUAACAGCAGCAGCAACAGCAUGUUAUUUAUACCCCGCCCAUCUGGCUGGGUUUCCCCAGCCACUCUGGGCGGCUUCCAACAAAAGAUUAAAAAUGCAUUAAAACAUCAGUCAUUAAAAACUUCCCUAAACAGGGCUGCCUUCAGAUGACCUUUAAAUGUCAUAUAGUUGUUUAUUACUUUGACAUCUAAUGGGAGGGCAUUCCACAGGGCGGUUUCAAUCACUCAGGAGCCGAAAGUUUCGAGUUCAAAGGCAUUCAGCUUCCGAGGUUCCACUGUAGUUUAAUUGACCAACAGAAAACACAAAUAAAAUGUGAAAAAGGAAAAACAGUAGUAGAAUUCUAGUUGUUAUUAUAUUUGUACCCUGCCCAUCUGACUGGGUUGCCCCGGCCACUGCACAGCUUCCCACAAAUAUCAUUGGAAGAGCUGACAAGGACAGCUGUCUAUCAACUCAUCCAAUACACAGGUGGCGCUCUUAAUUCCUGCGUGCUGAACCUCCUGUGCUUCGUAUAAAUGAAUCUCAGAUAUACAUGUCUGGGCAAAACCCACGCCUGCAAGUAAUCCAUUCUCAGCUUGCGGGAGUCACCACCCAGGGAUUAAAUAUGUGGCAAGCAUCUUUAGCAAGGUGUGGGAACACCUUGAGAGAAAAACAGGCAGCGGACUUCAGUCAGUGGCUGAGGUCCAGCUCCGAGGGCCUUCUGGCGGUCCCCUCCCUGCGAGAAGUGAGGUUGCAGGGCCUUCUCGGUGGUGGCGCCCUCCCAUCAGAUGUCAAGGAAAUAAACAACUAUCUGACUUUUAGAAGGCAUCCCCAUUUAGGGAAGUUUUUAAUGUUUGAUGUUUUAUUGUGCUUUUAAUAUUCUAUUGGGAGCUGCCAAGAGUGGCUGGGUCUCCCAGAUGAGUGGGGCAUAAAUACUAUUACUAUUAUUAUUAUUAUUAUUAUUAUUAUUAUUAUUAAUUUUACUUUUUUUAUUAUUAAAUAAUUUUUAUUAACAAGCCAAUCACAUCACAUUAUCCAUAUCACAUUGAUUCCAAAUUAUACAGCCAAAUUUUAAAUUUUGUUGGGGGUACCCAUACAUCAAGCUUGGCUCGAGUCCAAAACAGGAUCACUUUUCUUACUGCAUUAAUUAAACAGUUCUGUCCAGUUUGAUCCGGAUAGAGCUUUAUUACUUCCUUUCUCUUCUUGUUGUUAUCAUAAAUUCCUUUCUUUGCGAUCUCUGAUGACUUUCACAAGCAGGUUGAAAGCUGGCAUUCUAUGUGGGUUUUAUACUCUUCCAAAAAUCAUACCGAUCCGGGACAGCCUCCGUACAACGCUUCCAUAAACAAAAUUAAUCUCCGAUCUGUUCUUUAUUUUUCUCAGGCUUACCAAAUAAAUCAAAUGAGUCUGGGGGUUCUGUCAGGUCAAACUACCAUUCCAGCAUUCCUUCUCAUCAAACAAUCCUGAUUCUCCUCCCCCAGUCCUUCUUCCUCCGGCAGACCUGUCCUGGCGAGACGCCAUUUUUUAACUGCGUCAUAAAAAUUUUCCUCUUUUCUCCUCGUUCUCCAAUCUUCUUUCCUCCCACAUAGUUCUUAAAAUCCUGCCUGUGGUUCAUAGAAACGCGACGAUCUUAUUUCUUUCUGGGGUGAAGGGUUAUUAAUGUCACAUCAUGCAGGGAAAAAAGAGUUUUUUCCUCCACCCCCCCCUUCGUUCCAAAUAUACAGUCUCCUUAUGGUAGUUCAUCAGAAGAUUUACUUAUCCGUCCGUCACUCCUGGUCGCAGAGAUCCAUAAAUCAGCAGUCUUAUCUUCAAGCUUUACUUGAUGUCUGUGCUUUCAGCUUCAUUUCCAAUCGUAUGUUUCCAAUUAUAAUUCCAAGCUGCAGCAACCAGCACGCGCUGAUUGGAAUCGGCGUCAGGAAGAGCUGACUUCACCGAGGGCCUGUGCCAAGUGUUCAGCACCCCCAUCACUCGUUUCAGGGGGUGCAUUGUGAACACCGCCGGCAGGACAGCACUCCCCCACAUCCUGGGGGAGCAAAAGGAAGGCUGCAUACUUCCCAUAGCAGCCCCUUAGUACCUCGUAUGGGUCAGAGAGAUGUUAUUGUCGGCCAUCUUCCAACGCGCCACCUGGUGGCCCCCCUAUUAUUAUUAAUUUUACUGACAGGUUUGAGCAUACACAGUUACAGGUAUUUACACGAUCUCCUGCUAGAGCCCUGACAGGUCUACUCCUUUAGAUAGAGACUUGCCCCCUGGCUCGCACAGCAAAACACACUGCAACACGCAGAUCCUGGUUGCAGGUUCAAACUUAGCUCCAAGCCCAGCCCAGCAGCAACCAGCAGAGAUUUCAUGCAGCAGAGAGACGUUGCUGGCCUGGCUCCUCUUCUGUUAGCCGGGACAAUCCCAUCCCGGCCGGAUGCCAGUGGCAGAUUCAGCAGUUAGCAUGGAGAUUUGGGCCAGGUGGAAUCACCCAGCCAUCUUGCACUCGCAACUUAUCCAGGUGCAAGCAAUCUAGAUGCCACGGCACCAUGAUUUUCCCCGGGCCAAGAAUAAAUCUUCUCCCGCAGUGCGGAGAGGCGUGUACGGGACCCCGGCUGAGAGGGCCUCCACGGUGGCCGGACAGACAGUUUUGCAGAGUUAGCAAAGCUGUCUCCAUGGCGCAGUGUCUGGGGCAAGGCGAGGAUUGUUCCGCCUAACCCUCCUUUUGUGGGUUUGGUUGCGGCUGUGGGUCGGGCUGGCCAGUCUUGCGGGGGGGAAGGUCAGGACCCUCUCCUAAAUAAGAACUGGCCCCCCACCCGACUUGAUCUAGCACCUGGUCUCUCCUGGGUGGGUGGGUGCCUUUGCCCACAGAAAAGAGACGCCCCCCCUUGGAUGCGAGGGUCUGUUUAUUACAAAGCUCUCUCCUCUGUUUUUGUGUGCCCCCCCUCCAGAGCGAGACGGGCUUCCUGCAGUACCUGGAUAUCUCUGUGGGGACGGAGGUGGCCACCAUCUGCACCAAGGGGGGCCGGCUGGGGGUCAUGGCGCAGAACCCCUCCAACGCCAUCGUCCACCUGGGACACAGCAACGGUGAGACUCCCACUGCGGCGGGUUGGGCCCCAUGGCCUCUGGGGGUCCCUUCCAAGCUGACCGUUCUGGGAUCCUGUAAGCAGGACUUGUGGGGCAGGAGGGAGGUGGGGAGGCUGGUUGUAGCUGGUGUUUAGCCACGGACGGAAAGGGAGGACGGAAAGGGAGGAAGCCGACGGCAGGCAGGAGUAGCCCUCCCUCCCUUCCCAGUUUGAUCUUUUCUUCCCCCCCCCCCCAAAAAUAUAGGCACGGUGACCCUCUGGAGCCCCAACGUCAAGGAGCCCCUCGUUCGGAUGCUGUGCCACCGGGGGGCCGUGAGGGCGUUGGCAGUCGACGGGUCUGGCACGUGAGUGAAACAAUUAUUUUAAUUUGCAAAAUGCGAGUCCUGCUUUCUGUCUGGGGCGGUUUCUGCACCUUCCGUCUCCCCUUGGCUGCCAGAAACCAUCGGCGUGUGACGGUGGCCACAAUCCUGUGUUACGGAAGAAUCUAGGUGCGAGGCUGCUCAGUCCCUGCGGAAUAAAGGAAGGAGUCCAGCCCCCAACCGGAGCAAAUAGCUGUAGACCAAAGUUGAUUGCGCAACAGGUUCAAAGAGGAAUUUUGAACCCCAAGGAUGGGGUGACAAGGGCUUUUUAAAGUUGUUGCAUAUAAAAGCAAUUUAACAUCUUGCCUAUUAAUAUCCUCACCUGUAAUACCAAGUAAAAAAUGCUUCUGGUUUUUUAAAAAAUGUAUAUUUCAACAUCUUUUUCAUCUCAUUAUAUAUGGUUUCCCAGAAGUUUUUUACUUUCUUACAUUACCACCACAUAUGGUGAAAUGUUCCUUCUAGGACAACUCUGAUCUUAAACCUCCACUGCGUUGUGGGACCUCUUUGGGAGAAGGAAAGGCUCGGGAGAAAACCCCACACAAUUCCAGAGUGGGAUCCCUAAGGCGGUUGGUUGGUCUUCUUCUGCCAACUCUGCUUUCCUUUGGACCACAUCAGCCAGGCCACGAGGGGGUUCUUGUCAUAACGGUGUCCUUUUAAAUCUCUCAGCGGGAUCGGGGUUACGGCUUUGGCUCGUUUCUGCUUCGUUCGGCAUUGCUGUGUUUUGCGAACUGCCCUGCGAGUGCAAAUUCAACGAUAACAGCAAAUAGUAAACGACGGGAGGUGUGUGCAAACGCAAUAAAUCGCGAUAGCAAAAAAAUCGUCGGCAGCCGAAGGAGAAAUCGAAAACGGGCCGAAACAUGGCAAAGUUGAGGCAGGCUGGGCUGUGCGAGAACGCUGCUUGCGGGGGCCGGGUUCAAGAGGCAGGGAGUUCCCAAGUGUCAGUGGUGGCACGCCGAAAGGAUUUAUUUCUAUUCCCCACCCCUUUUUUAAGUCAUAAAUAACGAAGAAUAAAAAUGUGCACCCCACUCCGGAGACCAUUCCGUUGUAACUAUCCAACCUCCCAGAAUUUCAGCACCUCUUGCGAUGGUUUGACCCCUUUAUUCCCCUUAAGUGUGGGAAUAAAACAGCCUUCAGCUGCCAGCAGAAGAACAACAAGGCAGGAGCCAGGCUGGGUUCCCCAGGCAGGCAGUUCCAAAGUUGCUUGGGAGGAGCCACCACCAAGAAGGCCCUGUCCUGCCCAGGUCUUCCUGGGAGGGUGGUGGGACCAAGAAAAGCCCCCCCCCCAAGAUCUCAAAACCUGGGCAGCCUUAUAAGAGGGAAUGCGGCUUUUCAGACAGCCUGGCCCUAAGUCAUUGUAGCAUCCGGAACAAACGGGUACCCAGUGGGGCUGUUCGAGGGAGUUGUUUGCUCCCUACAAGAUUUUUAAAGAGCGGGGCACACCCCAGGACAAAGAAGCCCCUUCUCUGGCCACUCAGACAGUGCUUUCCCCCAUUCAUUCUCUCAUAUAUAUAUAUAUAUAUGAGAGACCAUUCCAUUGUGACAAUCCAGCCUCUCAGAAUUUCAGCACCUCGUGCGAUGGUUUGACCCCUUUUUCUGUUUUAACAGUACGAAUUCUGCAAACACUUUCUGUAUCUCCUCCUCAAAACCAUUCCUCCUGCCUAUUCCCCGUCUUACCUUAAUGGCACAUGUUAAUCUAUCAUUAUUAGCUAUAUCCCACACCUCUUUAUGCCAUUCUUCCAUUUUAUAUUCCGCUUGCCCCUUCCACUUCCUGGCUAUAAUAAUUCGUGCAGCUGUCAAUAAUUUGACAAGCAAGUCCUUCCUCGCCUGCGAACCUUCCACCCCCUCGUAAAUUGAUAAUAACGCUACCUCUGGACUUUCGGUCAGCUUUAACCCAGCAAUUUCUGUUAUCUCCCUUUGCUAAUAAUUUUCUUUUAUUCUUAUAGAGGUUUUCAACGUAUGUUUCUCCCACAUUUUCCCCCAGGUUGUUUUUUUUUUUUUUUGGAAUAUUUUUUAUUAGGAAUUUCAGCAUAACAAUUUAUCAAAAACACACCAUCCUCAGCCCCCCCCAUUUCCCCCUCCCCUCUCCCAGACUUCCCUCAGCUCCUCUCUCUGGUUUUUCAGCACAUGUUAUUCUCUGCAUGUUAUAAAAUAGUAAAGAUCCUUAAUUUAUCUAACUAUAUAUUAGAAAUAAUAAAUUUGUGAAUGUUUAUUCAAAACCUGCCAAGGAGUCCAGUUCAUUUUGUUGUUUCUUUAAGUACUUUGUAAAAGGUUCCCAUUCUUCUUUAAGGUCACAGUUGUCCUUAUCACGUAAUUUGUAUGUCAGUUUUGCCAAUUCCGCAUAAUCCAGCAGUUUCUCUUGCCAUAGUUCUUUAGUCGGGGUUUCUUCAUUCUUCCAUCCUUGCGCUAUUAAGAUUCCUGCCGCCGUUGUCGCAUACAUAAAGAUAUUCUUAAAUUUCCUUGGCAGGUCUUUCCCUAAAAUCCCUAACAAGAAAGCUUCAGGCUUUUUUACAAAUGUUAAUUGGAACAUUUUCUUCAACUCGUCGUAUAUCAUUUCCCAAAAUUUUUAAAUUUUACUACAAUACCAGCACAUAUGAUAAAAAGUCCCUUCUUUUUCCUUACAUUUCCAACAUAUAUUAGAGCCAGUUAUAUACAUUCUUCCUCACUGGUGUUAUAUACCAUCCAUACAUUAUUUUCAUGUAGUUUUCUUUCAGCAAAGAGCAGUCUGUAAAUUUUAAAUCAGUUUUCCACAAUCUUUCCCAGUCUUCAAACAUUAUAUUGUGACCUAUAUCCUGUGUCCAUUUAAUCAUAACUGAUUUCCCCUCUUCAUCUUUUGUUUCCCAUUCUAGCAGAAUACUAUAUUCACCUUUCAGCAACUUCACUUUCCCUUCUACGACUUCCUACAUUUCCCCCCAGCCUUGCCUUAUUACCGUAUUUUUCUCUCUAUAGGACGCACUUUUUCCCCUCCAAAAAUGAAGGGGAAAUGUGUGUGCGUCCUAUGGAGCGAAUGCAGGCUCCUUGGCUUCAGCGAUAGCAACCCGAAGCCUUUGAAGGGCAGAGGGAGCGCUCCCUCCUCGCUCCGGAGGCUACGCGUUGCUUUCGCUGAAGCCUGGAGAGCGAGAGGCGUUGGUGCGCACCGACCCCUCUCGCUCUCCAGGCUUCAGGGAUAGCCACCUGAAGCCUUUGGAGCGCUACGCAGCGCUCCGUCUCGCUGUUCUAGCUUGGGGAUGCCGGGGCUUUAUGGGGAGAAAGGUUGUUUUCUGCUGCUCCAGAGAAGCGGACACGGAGCAAUGGAUCCAAACUACAAGAAAGAAGAUUCCACCUAAACAUUAGGAAGAACUUCCUGACAGUAAGAGCUGUUCGACAGUGGAAUUUGCUGCCAAGGAGUGUGGUGGAGUCUCCUUCUUUGGAGGUCUUUAAGCAGAGGCUUGACAACCAUAUGUCAGGAGUGCUCUGAUGGUGUUUCCUGCUUGGCAGGGGGUUGGACUCGAUGGCCCUUGUGGUCUCUUCCAACUCUAUGAUUCUAUGAUUCUAUGAAACCCCGGGCUUCCCCCUUCAGCCCCGAUACUGGCCGGGCUGGCUGGGGGAACCCCCGGCUUAUUGUGCCGGUAAUUCCCGGCAUUUCUUCCUUUUGCGCUGGUUCCACGGGGCAAGGCAGCUGCAAUGAUUUGAUUCAGAAUAUUUUUUACUUGUUUUCCUCCUCUAAAAACUAGGUGCGUCCUAUGCUCGGGUGCGUCCUAUAGAGCGAAAAAUAUGGUAGUUGUUCUGUUGUCUCCUUUUCCCACACCUCUUUUAAUUAAUCUUCUUUCCAGUGCAGAACAGGUGACACGUAGCGCCUAUGAGAACGACAGCUCUACCAACCCCUGUAUUUUAGGGGGGCUGGACUAGAUGACCCCUGGGUUUCCCUUCCUGACCCACAACUCUCUGCUUCCUCUCCCCGCAGCUACAUGGCCACCUCUGGGCUGGACCGGAAGCUGCACAUCUACGACCUGCGCACCUACCGCCGCCUCCACUCCCUCCUGCUGCCCACCGGCGCUGGGCAGCUAGAUUUCAGCCAGCGGGGGCUCCUGGGGGCCGCAUGCCAGGAGAUCAUCCAGGUAACUGGGGGCAGGCGGGGGGACUCCCCAAAUUUCCUGGGUGGGCUUUGCGGCUCCAUCUCCCUCAAAUCCUAAAGCCUGAGGGGUUUAAUUGAAUUUUUUCACUUUCCCUGUUUAAUGUCAGCCCCCUGCCCCACAUCCGGCACCGGGUUCUAAUUGAGGCAAGGCGGAGACAGCUUGCCGCUUUGGAGCAUAACCUUCCUAUGUCCUUAUGGACAAGUCUAGAGGCAGUCUACCUUGAUUCCUCUGUCCCUGGGGGUAUUUGACUCCUAUGCAGACAAGAUGGGCCCAAUUUAUUUUUGUGUUCUAUGCACAACCAGAAUCCGCUUGGCCGAGGCAGUAGUGUGCAGAAGUAAUUAUGUUUUUAAGGGGGGUAUUGUGGGUUUUCGUGGUGUAUUUUGUGUUUGUAUUUUGUGAUUUUAUGUUGUAACUGCCCUGAGACUCACAGGUAUAGGGCGGCAUACAAGUUUAAAUCAUCAUCAAGGUAUCCUAAGCAGUCAUCAGGGUUGGAGCAAGUUGCAGGAUCCUGCCCUGAGCGGGGUGGGAUGGAUGACCCUCCGGUGUCCCCUUCUCGUGCUGUCAUUCAGCUGAGUUCUGCACUUUUGCAAACGCUUUGAGAAAGGGCUUUUUUUGGAUUGGAUGGAGGUAAAGCCAGAAUAUCAAAAGUCACAGCCUGCUGGAUCAGGCCCACAGUGGCCAGCCAGAUGCCCCCAAAUCAGGAUUCGAACUCGAGAUCAGGACUACCCUGGUCAGCAGCCAUCAACAGGCUUCUGCACGGAUCUGUCCAAUCAAAACCAUCCGAGUUGGUGUUUCUCUCUCUCUGCCUCUAGUGGGAGGGAGUUCCACAGUUUAACUGCGUAGAGAACUUCCUCUUAACCUGUCCCGAAUCUCCCAACAUUCAGCUUCCUGGGACAGGCACGACUUCGAGUGCUGUGCCAGAAUAUGGGGGGAAUUGAUCUCUCUGCUUUUCUCCUUGCCUGGUGCAAUUGUACAAGCUUCUGUCACAUCAUCUCUCACCCCGACUGGAAAGUUGCCGCCGUUCUUCGCAGGGGCGCCUCUCCAUCCCCACAGACCCCGGGAGUCCGCAGCCCCCCGAAAUCUGUUUUUCUCUCCCUUCCCAGGUGUACAAGGACAUUGUCUCCUGCCCGCCCACGAAGCCUUACCUGUGCCACUCCCUUCCGCGCCCAGCUCACGCCCUCCGCUUCUGCCCCUUUGAGGACGUGCUGGGCGUGGGCCACGGAGAAGGCUUUGCCAGCCUCCUGGUGCCAGGUAAGGGGGUGGGGGGGACGGGGGUGUUGGGAUACUGCCGGGGAGACAGGGGCAUCAGGCAGGCCCCAGCGACACAAGCCUCAGAUAGGUUUAGAGACUCGUGCACGCUCUAUCAGCAGAGUGAAUAAAUCUUUGCACAGCCUGUUCCCUUUUAAGGUGGAAUGGAACUAUAUCCUAAUGGGGGACCGCGAGGGUCAUCCAGCCCAACCCCCUUGCAGUGUGUCGUGAUUAGCCCAAGGGGAAGGGUGGAGCAGAUGGGCUGGGUCUGCCCCACUGCCUUAGAGGGGGUAUUGAGUCUCCCCCCCAAUGGCUUUUCCUCCUGGCUCACCCCCUCUUUUCUCACGCUGCAGGAGCUGGGGAGCCCAACUUUGAUGCCCUGGAGAGCAACCCUUUCCGCAGCCGGAAGCAGCGCCAGGAGUGGGAGGUCAAGGCUCUCUUGGAGAAGGUACCCCAGGAGGAUCGGGGCCCUGUCCUCGCAGAGGCCGGCUGUCUUCUCUUCCUGCCGCGACUCACAUAGACUGCCUCCGAAAUUUGAGGCUCCGUUUCCCCGACCGUUUUGCAGCUGCUAGCUCCGCCCCCUGGGGCAGGGAGUUCCGCAGGUGAAGCAGAGAAGGGCCCUCACUUCUUCUCACUCUCUCUCAUUCGCUCCCUCCAACAGAUCCCGCACGAGCUGAUCUCGCUGGAUCCCGGCCAGCUGGGCACCGUGGACAGGGUCUCCCUGGAGCAGCGGCAGAAGGAGCGGGUCGAAAGACUGGUGGGUCUUCCGGGGCGAGGGGGGAUUUGGGGUGGGGGGUCUGUCCUGGGGGAACCUGAUGAGGCGAGGACACGCUGGUAAUGGGGGGGGAGGCUGGCCAAAAAUGUGGUGGCUUUGAGACCCCUUUUCAGAAAAUUAUACACAUAUAUAUGUAUGUGUGUGUUUGUUACGAAACUACACGCGUAAAUCAUAAAAUACGAUGUAACCAGCCGCAAAACGGGAUACUAGUGGGGUAAAAUACUAAACCUAUUUUUAUGUUUAAAUACCGUAGAUUCCGGCGUAUUAGGUGACUGGGCGUAUAAGACGAACCCCCCAAAUUGGCAGGGUCGUCUUAUACGCUUCGGCAGCAGUGGGCGGCGGGCUCUGCGCCGGGAAGAAGCCGCCCAGCGAAGCCGGUUUAGCAUUGCUGGGCAGCUUCGCCGGGUAGCUUCCUCCUGGCACGGAGCGGAGCCCGCUGCCCACUGCAGCCAUACCCAGCGUAUAAGAUGACCCCCAACUUUUUAACCUCUUUUCCGGGGUUAGAACGUUGUCUUACACACCGGAAUCUACGAUAGGCGCAUUUUACAGCACAGCGGUAUCUCGGUUCCCGAACAUCUCCGUUUAAUAACGGAUACAGCGGUACCUUGCUUUCCAAACGCCUUGGUACUCAAACACUGUGACCCCGUGAGUGUUCCAGUAAGUGUUCCAGUUUGUGAACUUUUUUUGGAAGUUAGAACGUGCUCCGAUUUGAGUCUUACGUUGAGGUCUGUCUGUUUUUGCUAUUUAUUUUGCGUUUUUGCAGCUCAUUUUUGUGACUUUGUGGAACCCAGUUCAGCUACUGAUUGAUUGAGCGAUUGUGUGGCUGCAGUACAUUGUUAUCUUGCUUUCAUUUUUUGGAUCAAUGGCCUCAUUAGAUAAAAUUCAUGUUGAAUUGCUGUUUUUGGGGUUGUUUAUAAAAGUCUGGGACAGAUUAAUCCAUUUUGCAUUCCUUUCUACGGGAAAGCGGGCCUUGGUUUUGGAAACCUUUGGUUUUGGAAUGGUUUUGGAACGGACUUCCGGGACAGAAUAAAGUUUGCGAACCGAGGUACCACUGUAUUUCCGACUUUCUCCAGGGCUACGACCCCCAAGCCAAGGUCAAGUUCUGCCCCCGGAAGCGGACGAAAGGCCGCGACUCGGCCGUGGGGAGACUCCGGCGCCGGAAGAAGGUGGCCGCAGAGGAGCAGCGCGUAAGUGCAUUUCUCCCAGAAUCCCCUCUGGUUCCCUUUCCCAGAAUCCCCUCUGCCUCCUUCGCCCGUGACCCCCGGCUCUCCCCCAUUUCUUCCCCUUUCUGCACAGGCGGCCAUUCGGAAGAGCAUCUCGCAGCGCCAAAAGGGAGAGCAGCGACCAUGUCCGCAGGCCCCCAAAGCCCCCCAAGGUCAGAGGUCAGCCUUGGACCGCUUCCAGAAGUAGAAACGGUGCAGGGGGCCGUCUGGCUAGAAAAGAAGAAGCAGCCCCCCCCCCAUGGGGUGGAAAGGACCCUCUCGGCCCCCCGCCCAGCGGCAGGACCUGCUGGCGUUCCCUCUGCGAGGAAGAGAUGGGGGCUGCGUGGGGUCGAAAUCCUCCCCAAACCCCUCUGGUUCUUCCUCGAUGGCCUGCGAAGGACCUGUGCUCUUUUUUGUGUAAAAUAAAAUAUAAAACCUUUCGUGGGAAAGUCUCUUUAAUAAAUAAUAAUAAAUAAUAACAUUUUUUUUCUAUCCUGCCCUCCCCAGCCGAAGCCGGGCUCAGAGCGGCUAACAACAGUAAAGUAAUACGGCAUUCUAAAAUCAAUUUAUUAUGAAAUCAGUUCAAAUCAAAUUAAUGGCAACCAUUGGGCUAGAGUUUGUUCCACGCGCGGAAGGGUCUCCUUGAGAGUAGAGCGUCCUCAAAGCCCAAAAAGGAACCCGAUUCGUGGAAGAGGAGUAACCCAGGGGUACAAACAAUAAAAUUAUUUAUUACUAUUACUGUUAUUGGCCGCAACGGCUAUGCUGUGCUUCUGCGGUUGGAGGCGGUGAAUGCCACCGGAUGAGUCCACUUUGCUGGGAAGGACGUUGGGGCUCAGGCCCUGCCAGCGGGCUGUUCACCCCAACUGCACACCCAUCGGGGCAGGGGGCUGGGUGAGAUGAUGCUCAUAAUAUUAUUAUUAUUAGGGCUUCCCAUAAUAUGCCCCUCUCUCCGAUGUUGGACUGGAUGGGUCCCCAUUGGCCUGAUCCUGCAGGCACUUUCCCUAUGGAACUCCCUCCCACUAGAGGCAGCAAAGGCCGGCUUUCGAAGACAAGUGGGUGAAUAAUAAGUCUGUCAGUGGCUCUGCUCAGCCUCCACUGUCUCUGCUGAGAAGGAAUGGUCCUCUGACGGAGUCCAGAGAAACGGGCUGCCGGUCACUGAAGACGAACGGCUGGGGCUGGGGGGCCAAGAAUUGUGACCUGGCGGUGCAAGAGGUGCCCCACCCUGACCCCCACCAUGAAGGUGACACCCACAGCCCAGGCUGCCCCCCCACCCCAUGCGUUUCGGAUAUCGCUUCCAAAUCCAUGACAACUAGUAACAUGGCCGUUUUUUGAAACCGAAAAGCGUCCAGGGAAGGCGGCGGAAUGUCCCAGGUCCCAAAAUCCAGUGGCAGAAAUCCUGCGCUGCAGGGGGUUUGGCUGGAUGACCCUUGGGGGUCCCACCCCAUUGUCCAGUUCUGUCUCUGCCCCACAACUGAAGUUGUUUGCUUGCCGCACCUGCAAGCGGAAGGAAGGGCUGGGCGUGUCCUUGGAGAACGGAUGCUGACUUUGCGUUGCUUAACGAACCAGUUGCCGCAUCCUGUUGGGCGGGGCUACAUGACUCCUGGGGGCUCCCACCUCUGAUGCUGCAAAACCAGUUGCCAAUUCAGCAACAUGAGCUUGGCUGGCCCCACUCCCGGUGCCCCAAGUUUCUGAGGCUUCUCUGGCUGAGUCCCAGGGUGCAGAUUUCCUCCGGUGAAGUCUUCGUCUUCCUCACGCCGCCAGCCACGCCAGGGCCUUGCAGCGGACAAGCCCCAGGGCCCUCUGCCAGGCGCUGCACGCCCCCUCGUGGGUGCCCACCUCCUCCCAAACAGCCACCAUCUCGGCCGGCACCACGCCAUGGACGCUGAACAAUACCUCCCUGUAGCAGCAGGCGUCCGGCGGGAAGUGCUCCGAGCCAGCCAUGUGGGGCAGGUGCAGGGGGGCCAGGCCGGCCUGGCGGGCGCACAGCCCCACAAAGACGUCCUCCAGGGGCACCAGGGGGACGUGGCGUGCCGCCCCCAGCAGGGCUGGCACGGCUUCCCCGGAGAGGACGUAGGCGGUGCCACUGCAGUAGGGGGGGAAGGCGUCACCCGGGUAGAGUGGGACUGGGAGGUGGUGGCGACUCCGAGGGUCGCGGUUGGGGCGCACCCACCAGUGGAUGCGGCCCAGGUAGGGCGGCGGGGGGCUGGGCAGGGCGCCCAGGUGGCGCGCCAGGGCGGGCAGGUUGAGGAAGACGUCGUCGUCGGCCUUGACCACGAAGGAGGCGCCGGGGCAGCAGGUGGCUGCCCAUCCGAGGAGUGCCAGGGUCUUGAGGGUCAGGUUGGCGUAGGUGUCCAGGAAGCGCCCCUGGAGGAGGUCUCCGUGCCGCGCCGCCUCCCGCUCCAGGGCGGCCUGCUGGGAGGGCUCCGAGGGCACCCCCAGGGCGAAGAGGGUCCUUGUGGGGCGCCCGCCGGCC